AUGACCCUCGGCCGAAAGACCACAGCUCCAGCUUCGCAGCCACUAAACUGUGAAAGAGAAAUGCCCGGGCGCAAGAAAGAGAUGCGGAGAAAGCAUCGCAGCAGCCAGUCGAACGCAAUUUUCGAACUCGAGCCGGAAGAGGAGGAGGAUUCGCGGAACCAGAGCACCCUGAGAGAAGAACCUCACUUGGAGUUGAAAGGCAAUCCAGGUGUUAUGGAUGAUGUGGAUGAGAUCCAAGCUGAACCCAAGGGGCAGCCAGAAGAGCUAGCCAACCAACCAAUGGCGGAGGAUGCUCUCGCAGAAGAACCCCUUGCUUCCACCUCCACUGCUGCAGGUGGGAGGGAAAUCCCACUGCAAGGUGAUCAAACAUCUCCCGCUAAGGUACGUCUUGUUACUAAUGUGGUGGAGCUGCUCAAGGAUUUAAAAGCUUUUGUGAAUCUAAUGGAGGCCAUGGAGUUUUUGAAAUCCGACUCCGAGUCGGAAGAGGAGGAAGAAAGCGCACCAGAGCAUUCUGGAGAAGAAGGCAAUCCAGGUGUUAUGGAUGAUGUGGAUGAGAUCCAAGACCAAGCUUCUUUCAAAAUGCAGGAGUACUUCAUGACUCUGACCAAAAAACGUAUGGAAAAGCUGCGUAAAAUGCAAAAGGAAAAGGAUUCUUUCAGGAUUCAUACCAAAAUGCAGGAGUACUUCAUGACUCUGACCACAAAACGUAUGGAAAAGCUGCAUAAAAUGCAAAAGGAGGAGGAUUCUUUCAGGAUUCAUACCAAAAUGCAGGAGUACUUCAUGACUCUGACCAAAAAACGUAUAGAAAAGCUACGUAAAAUGCAAAAGGAAGAGGAACAGAAGGGGCUAGCCGAUGAAGAUGACAUGGAUGUGGAUGAGAAUAAAGAGUACGACCCGGAAAACAACCACGGACAUUUCUAA